AUGGGUGUCGCCUUGCCCACUAGCACCUUCUUUGCGCCCACCACUUUUUCUCCUCACAAAUCUGUAUCAAAUUCUAUUGUUCUCACUCCCACCACUACAUUGUAUCAAACCCAUCUCCAGAAACCAACUUACAGCACCGUCACCCAAUCUUCUUCAGCAGUUUUGGCUACGAAGUGUGCCAGAGUUGAAGAAAUGGAAGCCCAAGAGGAAAUUUCUAUAAAACCCAUAUAUGAUCCUCACAGUAUUGACCAAGAAUUGCUUCAAAAGUUGGUGUAUGAUGCUCUGGUUUGGAGUUCUCUUCAUGGGUUUGUUGUUGGAGACAAAAAUGUUGAGAGAUCAGGAGUUGUGCCUGGUGUGGGUAUGGUUCAUGCCCCAUUUGCCUUAUUGCCCAUGUCAUUUCCUGAAAAUCGCUUUCAACAAGCUUGUGAAUUAGCUCCCAUUUUCAAUGAACUAGUUGAUCGUGUUAGCUUGGAUGGACAAUUUCUACAGGACUCACUCUCCAGGACCCCAUUGUGUGUUAAGUCAUGGGUCAUUGGACGGUUUGCACCUCUUGGAGAUGCAGUAUUGUCAAGUAGAAUCUUCCGGAUCAUGAAUCUUUCAUCAAAUACAGGAGCAUGUAUACAAAAGAUAUUGGAUUUCAUUCUUACACAAUCACCUCAGAUGUCCAUAUUCUUAAGAUGUGAGAUCAAUAAGAACUGUGCUUUUGCUGGCACCUUCAACUCGAAGCAUCUGAUUUGCUGUGAUGAUGAAGGUGAUCUGUUUAGACUUUCCAGUAUGCCCUGCUAA